AGGGGGGUAAAUCCUCUGGAGGGCAAGACCUGCAUUCACUAUAUCUGGUCUCCCCGGACCCUGCAUUCACUAUAUCUGGUCUCCCGGACCCUGCAUUCACUAUAUAUGGUCUCCCCGGACCAUGCAUUCACUAUAUAUGGUCUCCCCGGACCCUGCAUUCACUAUAUCUGGUCUCCCCGGACCCUGCAUUCACUAUAUCUGGUCUCCCUGGACCCUGCAUUCACUAUAUCUGGUCUCCCUGGACCCUGCAUUCAC